CAAUGUCGUUUGGUUUCCUUAUUGCUUACACUUUGUUUUGACCCUAUUUUUUAUAUUUAUCAUUGAAAAAGCAAUUAUAUUAUAAUAAUUAACCGUCCAUCUCUUCUGAAUUGUAUAAAAUUAUGAAUCGCAGAAGGGCUCACGAAGACGACGAUGGCUACGAGCGACUACAUAGGAAGCGACGACGUGUGUCGGAAAAUCAAGAGAUAGAAGAUAGACUUGAGUCACUCAUUCUGCGAGUUGGUGAAAAGAGCAGUUCCAGUCUAGAAAGUAACUUGGAAGGCUUGGCCAGUGUACUAGAGGCGGACUUGAGCACUUUCCGUGGAAAGAUAUUACGUAUUCUUACUGAUUGUGCUAUACGUAUGCCUGAAAAAUGUACUAUAUAUGCAACAUUAGUUGGUCUCCUUAAUGCUAAGAACUACAAUUUUGGAGGAGAAUUUGUGGAAUAUAUUGUAAAAACUUUUAAAGAGAAUCUCAAAGCAGGAAAAUGGAAUGCAGCCAGAUAUUGUUUGAGGUUCAUAGCAGACUUGGUAAAUUGUCAUGUACUAGCUGCAGCAUCAUUAAUCACUUUAUUAGAAACAUUAGUGGAUUGUGCGAAUGAGGAUGGAGUACCACAAGUAAGACGGGACUGGUUUGUGUUUGCUGUGCUCUCCACUUUACCAUGGGUAGGCAGAGAACUGUAUGAGAAGAAAGAAUCAUUUCUUGAGCAUUUACUUGUAACUAUUGAAGUAUUUCUUAAUAAAAGGAGUAAGAAACAUUGGCCAGCAUUAAAGGUAUGGUCAACAGACACACCUCAUCUGCAAGAGGAAUAUUUGGACUGCCUUUGGUCACAAAUAAAAAAAUUGAGGCAGGAUAACUGGUCAGAGAAACACAUCCCUAGGCCAUAUCUUGCAUUUGAUUCUAUUUUGUGUGAAGCUUUGCAACACACACUGCCGGCUAUACAGCCACCACCUCACAAUGAUAAUGACACAUACCCUAUGCCUCGAGUUAUAUUCCGGAUGUUUGAUUACACAGACUGCCCUGAUGGUCCUGUACUGCCUGGGGCUCAUUCCAUUGAAAGGUUCCUAAUAGAGGAGCAUCUCCAUAACAUUAUAGAGGCAUAUCAUUUGGAAAGAAAAGAAUGUGCGGCACAGUUACUUUGCUUUCCUUACAAAGCCAAGAUUCCACUUGAAUAUUGUAUAGUAGAAGUAAUUUUUGCAGAAUUGUUCAAUCUACCUAGGCCUAGAUAUUUAGAGAUUGCUUACGGAUCUAUUUUGAUUGAACUGUGUAAGCUUCAACCAUCAUCAAUGCCACAGGUAUUGGCACAAGCUACAGAGAUUCUAUUUUUGAGGAUUGAUACAUUGAAUGUGGCUUGUUUUGACAGAUUUGUCAAUUGGUUCUCAUACCACCUAAGCAACUUCCAAUAUCGCUGGUCCUGGGAAGACUGGGAAGGUUGCACCCAACUAGAUAUUGACCACCCCAAGCCCAGAUUCAUACGAGAGGUGCUCGGCAAAUGUUUGAGGUUAUCAUACCAUCAGAGGAUAAAAGAUAUAACACCAGAGACGUUUUCUGCAUUUGUACCAUUGAAGCCGGAGCCAAUUUACAAAUAUUCCAUGGAAGGUGCAGCUUCUCUCCCGGGCACCGAAGCAGCUCACCAGUUGGUAGUGUGCGUCCGCAACAAAUGCACACCAGAGGAAGCAUUGAACGUCCUCCGCGAGUUGCCAAACCCCCUGCGAGAGGGUGAACAGCCGGCGACAGCGCAGGCCGCCCCCCACAAUCCUCUAAAGAUAGACGUCUUCGUGCAAACACUCCUCAAUUUGGGAAGCAAGAGUAUUUCACACAGCUUCGCGGCUAUAUCCAAGUUCCAUUAUGUAUUCAAGAUUUUAGCGGAAUCAGAGGAGGCACAGAUCUGCAUACUGCGCAACGUGUGGGAGCUGUGGCAGCGACAUCCGCAAAUGGUGUGCGUGCUCAUAGACAAGAUGCUAAAGACGCAAAUAGUGGAGUGCAGUGCGGUGGCCACAUGGCUGUUCUCCAAGGAGAUGGCGCCGUUCUUCACACACGGCUACCUGUGGGAGGUGUUACAUCUCACUAUUGAUAAGAUGAACAAGCACGUCUCCAAAUUAAGCGGGGAACUACAAGAAGCCAGAGAAGCACUCGCUAAAGCCGACUCCAGCAGUUCAGACUCUGAGGAGGAGGGCGGAACCAAGAAGAAGAAAGAUCAGGACAAACCGACAGAGGAGGCUGUUGAACGAAUGGAGGAACGGCUGGAGGCGGCGCAUAUGGACCAGAAGCGUCUGUUCCUGAUCGUGUUCCAGCGGUUCAUAAUGAUCCUGUCGGAACACCUGGUGCGGUGUGACACGGACGCGAGAGAUCCGGUAACCCACUGGUACCGCAGCACAGUCGGACGACUACAGCAGGUCUUCCUCGUCCAUCAUGAACAAGUACAAAAGUACAGCAGUACGCUGGAGACGUUACUCUUCACCCAAGAUCUGGACCCACACAUUCUUGACGUGUUCCACCAAUUUAUCGCACUGACGGCGUAGUUGCAUAUACAACUGCUGCCGGAUUGUUAUUAUUAUUGUGUGGCGCAUAAGACUGGUAUUGUAAUGUUCGUAUUAGUUAAGCUUAUAGACAGAUGAAUAUUGUGACCGUAUUAAGGAAAGCAACA